AUGCCUCAUCUCGGUCCCAGCAAUGCCUCAAACGAAGCCGUAUAUCCAAACAGCUGCAGGAAUCUCUCUCCGAGCUCUACUGGAACAUCAGCAUACCACGGCAAUACUUCGUCCUCUACGGAAUCCACAGAAGCAUGUGUUCAAAAGAGUAGCAAUGCUCCGUUGCCACAUAUCGAAGCUCUUAAGUGUGUUGGCUCGUGGUCGGAGUACGACGAGACAAUUCGAGAGAGGGAUCUUCUGGCGGAGAACUUCGAAGACCAACUUUGGUUUUAG